AUUCGGUAUACGUUUCAAUUAAUAUAAACAGACGAUGCCAUAUCUUGGUUUCUAGCGAAAGAAGACAAAAAUCUGAAAUAAAUUGAACUUAACUAAAGAACUUAAUUAAUAAAUAAAUUUUUAGCAGUCAACUGUAUUUUGCAGUCUGAUUACAAUAAUUUUGAUCUGAAAACAUAUGAAUAGUAUGUACGACGAAGAAUUACUGUUGUCUUGUUAUUUGUGUCGUCAGUACAUUUACUUGUAGCGGCUAAAAAGUUUGUAUGAUAGAAGCCAAUAAAAAGGAAAAAAUAAGAAAAAACAUCUAAGAUGUCAGCUGACGUCUGUGCAGUACUAGGCCCAGAAGUUUCUGAAUGUUUAACAGCUGUAGUAGAGAAACAUGGCUCUGAUGGAUCAGGAUGCACAGUACUGGACUGUCUGGCUGCACGAGACUUGCUGUCAGGAGAUCGUGCUGUUUGCCUUGUGUGCUUGAUGCAUACCCCAGUGCACCACCGUAACGUGUUGGCACGUCUUGGUGUCCCCAAACCAGAAACACAUGCGGCUUUAUAUUUCGUUGAUGCCCUAUCACAGCUGGGCUGCAUUUCAGGUUGCUCUCCUGAUGACCUUUUCUCACAGAUAAUUAAGGUCAUUUCAGCAGCACAAGUUUCUGGUAUAUCUCACUUGAGCCUAAUAUUGGAUGAUGUAAGUGUGCUGCUUGAUAUCGGCUGGGAUUUGAAGCAAGUAAUAAGUUUCUUGAGCCGUCUUCGUUCUCUAAAAUUGGCAUCCAUGGCAGUUCUCACACACACUGCAGGUGCAGACACACUGACAUCUCUUCUAGCAGCUGCCCUGAUUCAUUCAUCAGAUACAGCAGUUUCAGUAUUGCCUCUAAGUACUGGUGUGAGUGCUGAUGUUUCAGGAACAUUAAUUAUACGACAUCUACAACGACCAAAUAAUACACCACAGACAUUCCACUUCAGACUUACGGAUAGGCAGGUGAAAGUGUUUGCUCCAGGCAGCAUUCGUUGAGCUUCUAGAAGAUGAUGACAAAGAAGGUGUAACAG